GUCCCAAGUGCAUUCUACAUAGCAGAUGGCCUGCUGGCCUUGGACAAGGCUAUGGAUGGUCAUCUCCUUGGUGGCAACUAUGUCGACUUUGUGCCGGUGGACGGCGAUGAUGAGGAAGCUCCUCCGCUGGCCAACGAUGGUGGCGAUGAGCAUGCAGAAUUUGGUUCUGGAGUGGAUGAAGCUGCCAGCGAUCCACCAUCUUCUGAUGAGGGAGCGGUCAACGAGGAAGUGGAAUCUGAAGUGGAUGAAGCCGCCUGUGAUCCGCCAUCUUCUGAUGAGGGAGCGGUCAAGGUGGAAUUGAAAUCUGAAUUGGAUGAAGCCGCCAGUGAUCCAUCUUCUGAUGAGGGAGCAUUGCCUCAUGACAGUGGAGAUGAAGCUGGCAGCGAUCCAACAUCUUCUGAUGAGGGUGCGCCAGCUGCCAGGAAUCCACCAUCUCAUGCGGCUGUGUGUGAGUCAGAGUCUGGCCAUGAAGAGUCAGAAUCUGUGGGUUCAGAUGAUGAGAUGGACAAUCCCCCCUUUGCUGAAGGCGUUGCUCAGCCCACACGCAAGUGUUCGACCAAGAAAGAAAAACUGAAGAAGUAUUGGGAGCAGUUCAAAGUUGGGACCUUCCAAGAGAAAAUUGCACUUGAGCGUGCCAGGAAUGGCCUGGCCAGUUCAAGCACACCUGCGCCUGGGCUUUGCAGACCGAUUGCGAGGUCUGAAUCGGUGGACAGCCCUGAGAGCUCCAGUUCCGCUACUCUCAUUUUGGGUCAGCACACAAGCAGCGAACGCCCUCGUCUUCACAGGAGCAAGCCCAUUGAGUUUGAGGCUUUGGAUGGUCGAGAUGCUGAGAUGUCUCCAACUUCAUUGCCAACCCCUCGCGGUGAUGGUGGCAGUGACGGUGAAGAGUCUGACUCCGAUGACUCGGCUUCUAUGCCAUCGCUUGCUGGUCCAGGGGAGUUUGAAUCCAUGCUGGUGGAAGCCAGCAACAACAUGCACUGUAAGGCACCAGAUGGACGACGCACGAAGAAGGCCACCAAGAAAGUGAAAGGCAAGGGUAAGAACAAGUCUAGUGGUAAAGUUGCUAGUUUCAAGCGCCAGCACAAGGCGAAGGGUUUGAAAGCGAAGCAGCCUGUCGAGCGUGUUCCUGAUCCGCAGCCCAUGGUUGUGGGGGGAGCCGCAAAUGUUUUUUGUGGCUAUGACUUGUCUCUUUUGCCUGAAGAGGCAUAUCCGGACCUAGGGCGCGAAAAUCGCGGACAGCAUUCCUACACUCUGGGUUGUGCAGAGCAUGGUGUGGUCGAGGUGUUGCUUCGACAGGAAGCUUUUUUUGUGAAGAAAGUGGCGCCAGGCGCCCCUGGGCCGAAAGGCCACAUCAGCUGGCUCAGAGUUGGUGAUCCUCAGAAAGCUUGGGAUCUCGCUAAGGAACGUUCCGGCUUUAGCCGAGCCGUGUGCUUUGCCGUGCUCUCGUAG